UUUUUUUUUUUCUUCCGUCAUCAUCACACUUCCUUUCCUUCAUUAGUAAGUCGACGGAAAUAAGUGAUGGCUGAGUGAGUGUAAGGAGGGCUUUCUGAUGACUAGAGAAUUUUUUAAACAUUCUUCAACUUCCUUUGCUCGAAGAAGCCUGAGUAACGCUUUCCUGAGUAUCGCCUCUGCUUGGCCUUCCCUCUUCCUGGGGGGAGGGAAUCUCCUCUACCCUGGGUGGGCGGCGCUUAACAGAAGAGGCGUCUCCACUAGAGAACGUUCCUAUGACGUUAGUCGCCUUAUAUGGACAGAGCCGCGCGGCUCCGGCGUUCAUUCAGAUAAAUUGCCUCUUCUUCGAAGCGGAAUCCCCUGAUUGAAUUCCGGGAGGGAAAUGCGAAGGCACCGAGGGACACAGCACGGUCGCGGCCGGGAGGGGCGUUAAGCAAGCAGGGUGUCAGACCCCAGGUUUUGUUUAAGAUAAUCGUCAGCCCCGAAAGCGGUGACCCUUGUCGAGGUUGCUCCUGAGAGGGGGAGGGAAGAGAGUGAGAGACGGGGGAAAGCAAGCCAAGAUGAAGGUAACGGCUCUUGACUCCCGUCGACUCAAGCAACUGCUACGGAAGGAUCCUGCCCGGUGCCUCGUCCUGGACUGCAGACCGUAUCUCUCCUAUUCGGCCUCUUGCCUCCGAGGAUCUCUCAACGUCAACCUCAACUCCGUGGUGAUCCGCCGCUCUCAUGGGCGGCCCGUGCCUUUACACUUCGUGGUGCCCGACGAAACGGCCCGGGGGCGGCUUCUGCUGCCGCCGGCUUGCCCGGAGGAAAGAGAGGACGGGGACGCGGUGCCGCCUCGGCCGUUGACGGCGGUGGUAGUCCUGGAUCAAAACACGAGACACUGGCGAAAGCUCAAGAAGGAGAGCACGGCGCAGAUCGUGCUGAACGCGCUGUCCGCAAGCGUGCCGGAGGCCGGAGCCCGGGUCUGCUUCCUAAAAGGAGGGUAUGAAACCUUUUACUCACAAUAUCCAGAGUUCUGUGUAGAUGUAAAACCUGUAUCCCAAGAGAGGAUUGAAACUGAGAAGAGCAUCAACGGCUUGCAUGAGAAGCAGUGCAUCCACCAGAAGCCAGCAUAUGAUCAGGGUGGCCCAGUGGAAAUCCUGCCUUUCCUAUACCUUGGCAGUGCCUAUCAUGCUUCCAAGUGUGAGUUCCUCGCCAACCUAAACAUUACUGCACUCUUGAAUGUCUCCAGAAAGAGUUCUGAACCCUUUACCAAUCAAUUCUGCUAUAAAUGGAUUCCAGUGGAGGAUAGUCAUACAGCAGACAUCAGCUCACACUUCCAGGAAGCUAUAGAAUUUAUCGAUUGCACCAGACGGGCAGGGGGCAAGAUCCUGGUGCACUGCGAAGCAGGGAUUUCUCGCUCUCCCACCAUCUGUAUGGCUUAUCUGAUGAAAACGAGAAAAUUUCGCCUGGAGGAAGCAUUUGACUACAUCAAGCAACGGAGGAGUCUGAUCUCACCAAACUUCAGUUUCAUGGGGCAGCUGCUGCAGUAUGAGUCAGAAAUUCUGUCUUCAGCUCCUAGCCCUCCUGUUACAUCUUGCAAAAGGGAUGCUGUGUCUUUCUUCACAGAAGAGCUGGCUUUGAGCAAAAGUUUUGCCUUUCCUACCUCGGUUUUGAAUUCAGUGCCCUUGCACUCGCCUGUCCAUCCACUUACAUUGAACUCUAUUGCUGCAAAUUCAUCAUGCUGGGCCCUCUUGGGAACAAGAGACAGUGCAGUUCCAUGAGUGAGGUGAUGAUAACAAGACAUUUCAUCUAUACGCAAUACAGAAGCCCUUAUUUAUUUCAUUCAGAUCCAGACACUGGAGUGACUGUCUACAUCAGAAGAGAAAAUAUGCUUUUAUGUUGAGGUGGAGUGGAGAUGAGUUUGGUGCAUUGAAGUUUGGGCCAGCUAUGCAAUUUCAAGUUAUCGUGUGCUAAAUUUAGCAAACUCCAGGUUUUAGCUCAGAUAAUCUGAGGACUAUACUUAGAACAUGGAGAUAUUGUUCCCAGAAGUAGAUGCCCUUCACUCUGGAUGAGAACUUCCAUUCUAUAGACCCUGGAUAGGCUACUGUUUUGAAAGAAUAAAUCUCUUCAGAGGAAGAUAAUGUGUGCAUAUUUAUGAGUGUUUUUAAUAAUUUCUGAAAUAUUUGUGCAUUCACUACUGUACAUCCAGACCUUCCUGGAGCAGAAAGAACCACAUUUUUUAAGUCACUCAGACCUGUCUGAUUGCUUCUUAGUUCCUGCCUCCUUCCCUCUCUCUUAAUUAUAGACUUGUGUUAAAGUGUAAGCAAUAAACAGCUGUGUCAGGAAAAAAAAGCUGUAACAAAAAGCACAAUUUACAAAAGAGCAAACCUUGAUAUUACUUGGUGGUGGUGGCAAAAACUUGAAUGCAUGCUUUUUUUCCCCCUUUCCUUUGUGGGUUCCUAACAAUGUCAUAAUCUGCCAUAUGCAAGUGAAUUAGAAAACUGAGAAACAAAUGUCUCUCCUUUCCGUUAUCCACCAGUCAGCCUCCAUUGUUUGUUGCUGAACUACUGAGUUCAAGAUUAAAAUUGGAUCCUUACUUGAAUGCCUCUGCUACAUGCUGUUAUCAGCAGAACAAACUAAAUUUGGGAAGCAAUUUCUAGUUAAGCUAAGGCUGCAAAUUCAUUUCAUUCUCCAACUCAGUCCAGUCAGAGCUGACUUUUCAUCUGAUGUCCUUCAGAUAUUUUCAACUACAACUCCUGUUAUCAUCAGCCAGGAUGUCCAAGGGAUAACCUAGUGUUCUCUAAAUCCUGUAUUUUAUUCCUUGCUCUACAAUAAUUGCUCUUUUCAAAAGACAGUGCAUUGAGUUUGUCAUAAUGCUAAACUAUAACACAGCUGUUUGUUUUUCACUCAGUGUGCUACUUGAGCAUACCCACUGUGGCUUAGCAUUACAACAGGGCUCUGUGGGCUGUUUGGUAAUAAACCACAAUUUGAAAAAAACUUAGCUUAGUGUUAAUGUGUGAACAAAGCCAUUUUGUUUUGCAUAUUUCAUUGUUACAUAAGGGAUACCCACAACACCCUACUUCAAGCAUUAAUCUUAAGAUACUACUAGAAAGCCUUGUCAGUUCUAGAAGUGGCAAUAUAGCAUACCUUUCUUUUUGUCUACCUUAGCCACCAAAUAACAACAGAAUAGCAGGGUGAUAGCUACAAUUAGCUAUUAAAAAUACCAUAUUGCCAAAUUCCAGCCUGGCUGAAUUAACAAGGGGGAAAGUGGGUGGAAUUCCUGGGGCCUCAGAACAUCGUUGAGGACUGGGGGCUGCCCACAUAGCGUAUUCUCUAAGGUAUUUGUUCCUGGAAUCUGGUGGUAGAAAGCCUAAUGUUUCACAAUGAAGUUGGACUUGAUUCAGAAGACUAAAAUGCUGCAAAUUGAUUGCAUAUUAGUCUCUGGGUCAUGUGUAAAGCAUACUUUUGAAGAGGUUGCUAUAUGUAAUAUCUGACAGCUAUACUCUAAGCUCUUGAUUUUUGCUCAUGGAACUGGACAUGAGGGGGCAAAUGAUAUCAAAGCAAAUAUUGUAACUGAACAGACAAUCCCAUAGCAAAUUGUUAUAUAAAGGAGUGUUUUGGAAUUUCUAACUUUGUUCUGUGAAAAUGUAUUUUUAUUUGUACAUUGCAAUUUGCAUUUAUGGAUUUUUAGAUUUAAAAAAAGGAGGGGGGGAGAAAGGCAGCCUGAUGAACGAUAAAUCUCCCCCAAAACUGAAUGACAAUACUUACUGAAUGACAUGUGGAUUGGUGUUCCUUGUGUUGAUUUCUUCCAUGUCAUAUUCCUGACUGUGGAAUUAUCUAUUUCCUAGCAAUGGGGACUAAAACAACAACAACAGGCAAUCUAUAUAUUUAGUGUGUGUCUCUGCAGGUGGCUCCAUGUUCUGCUGUUGCUUUGUCCUGUCAUCAUUAUUUUUUCUAAAUAGGGGAAAAGGCAAGAAUUGCUUAGAAAACUUGUGAAUGUGAAUUAAAACAAUUUUUAAAUAAAAUGUUAAAAAAAUGUUUUGUUCCACAGACUGCAUGCAGUGGCAGGUAAUUUGUGAAAAUACUUGCAUUAGGUUUCAGAAUGCAGUUUCUCUAAAGGCUGACACGUUGACAAAGAUAUAAAACCCAUAGAACAGUGGUGGGAUAUAACUGUAUUUGCUCUGAGGAAGGGGAAGUAUACAAGUGAGUUAAACAUAAAAUAAUAUUCAUGCCUCUUUCAACAGGGUACACAACUUUUUUUUGUGCUAAAGGCUACAUUAAUCUUUAGUAUGCCAGAGGUUGCCUUCCAAUAAGCAGAGAGGGCUGGAACAAAACAUAAAUUAGAUUUAAUUUGAAUUAAAGUUCAGAUUAUAUUAAUUCAAUAUAAGUAACUAAUGACUGUAAUUAAUAAACCACUGUGGGCUGGUUUUGUCACAAUGUGAUCAACAAAUAAUAUUAGUCCCUUUGCCAUUAAUCAUUUCUCACAUCUGUCACAUUAAAAACUACAGUGUGAUAACUUUUGGAAGUGAUUUGGGGUUGUAGCCAAAGAUUGGAAAGAUAUGCUGAUCAGGGUACUGGAAUGUUCAGCCCAAUUCUCCCAAUUAAAUCAAAAUGCUAAUUAGAGUUCCAAAUGCAUUAACUAUCAUGGCUGCAUUUCCUAGAAUGCUGGGACUAGCAACAAUUAAGAAAGGAGUGAUAAUCUCCUGAAAAAACAACUUCCCACCUCAAAAUUAGCAUUUUUAAGAUAAUUUUUCUUACAGAAAUGUACCUGUUCCCCCCCCUCCCUU